GAGACACAACAUGAAGAUCAAGCAAUGCCACUCAUUGCAUUCCACAAAACUGCCUCUCAUCUUGCAACCCCCUAGAAGGCGACUUUUGAGGCAGCCCCGUUCACUACCACCGCUAGCUGCAACCAGUUGCUGCCACUGGUGCUGUUGCUGUUGCUGCCAUGGAGAAACAUUGGGCAUUGCCAUAGAGCUGUUUGUUCCAUUUAUCGAACAGCGAAAAUGUUGAAACAGUCGCUCAGCAAACUCAAAAUCGAGUAAUUUGCAACGAAAUUUGGCAGGAAGCAUUUUCAAAAUUUCAAAGUGGAUAUAUAAAAUCAAUUUAAAUUUACUGUCAAAAUGCUGCGACUGCCGGGAAUGCCGCUGCUGCCAGGUGCACAAUUCUACGAUUACAGCAAGCAUCGACAUCCUCGGAAACAGACGCUGAUGCACUACCAGGGCAUACAUAUGCUCUCGGAUCGCCGCGAACCGGAGUUGGUGGAGCCCAAUGGGCCGCUGGUGGAUCCCAAGUGUGCACCAGUGUCGGCGGAAUUAGGCGCACUGUGGGCGCCCAAGAUGAGCAUUAAGUUGCCACCGUGGCUGGCGUACGAUAAACAGGUGCUCUGCUUCAACGCGUACUUCAAGGAGCCACUGACCGAGAUCUAUCAUGCACCGUAUCAGGUGCGCAAGGUGAAGAUCUAUUUCUAUCUGGAGGAUGGCACCAUGCAGAUAACGGAGCCCAAAGUGGAGAACUCGGGCAUACCACAAGGUUGCCUUGUGCACCGCCAGCGUAUCCCAAAGGCAUCGCCAAAUGAACGUGAAUUUCUGUCCGUAUUCGAUUUGAAUGUGGACACCAAUGUGCAGAUCUUUGACAGGGAUUAUCACAUCAGUGGCUGUGACGUGUUCACCAGACAGUUCCUCAAUCGUGCCGGCAUUUCGGUGCCAGUUGCACUCCUCGAACCCAACGAUCCGACGACGGAGCUGCGCAAGCGUUCCGCCAUCAAGCAGACACCUCGGCCGGAUACGGGCGCCCUGCCCAAGCGGCAUUCCUUUGCCCAGUUUUUGGAGUUCGAUAGACGAGUGCUCAAGUUCCAGGGCUAUUGGAAUGAUUGUUCCGAGUAUGGUGACGUGCGCCGCUUGGACAUAUGCUAUUAUCUGGCCGAUGACACCAUAGACAUUAAGGAGAAAUUUCCACGGAAUUCGGGUCGCGAGGGACCCAGCACAUUUCUGAAGCGCGCCAAGCUGCCCAAGGAGUUUACGGGUCUGGCACUGCCGGGCCAGCAAACAUCCCUAACCCUACUCAAUGUGCUAGGCUCCAGCAUGCGUGAUGUGCGCUAUGUGGCCGAUCCUCUGAAUACGGGUCAGAAACAGGUGCAAUACUAUACCGAUCAGGAUUUACAAAUUGGUGCCGUAUUGAAUGUGUUUGGACGCGACGUGGUGCUGACCAGCUGCGAUCAGUUCACCCAACACUAUUACAGAGAAAAGUAUGGCAUUCAGAACUUUACACCGCAAGCGCUGCCGGAACGCAGCGAUGAGCGUCCUUACCACCAGGGUCAGGUGCGUCGCUUGCCGCCCUACAAUGGCUGGGGCAGCUACGAGGACUCGGAGGGCAACUGCAUCACAGUGGAACCGAAAGCGCCGCAGGCUGACUUCAAGAAGCUUAUGAAAUACGAUGGCUGCAUUCUGCGCUUCGGUGCCAAGCUAAUGUCCAUCAUAAAGGAGAACUGCGAGCGUAGCUUUGUGGUCAGUUACUAUCUGGCCGACGACACGGUUCAAAUCUAUGAAGUGGCGCGACGCAACUCGGGCUUUAUGGGUGGCGAGUUCCUGAAAAGAGCACGUGUUGCGCUGCCCGGCCAGGAGAAGUUUAGCUCGGCCAGGCCGGAGUAUUAUCGUGCCAAUGAUUUCUAUAUAGGUUCCCGUUUGAAUCUCAAGGAUCACAUAUUCCACAUCAUAUCGGCAGAUGAGUUCACGCUACUCUACAUGGAACAGCAUCCCAAUGAGUUUCCUGUGGCCGACAUACGCUCGAUCAUGCAACGGAUACGCGAUGCAGUGCGUCCGCAGUAUAAGCAGUUUGUGCUGCGCUGCAAGCCGCAUGCUGAUCUAGGCGAUGGCACCACCAUUAGCUAUGAGACACUCAAGACCACACUGCUCUCGUAUCUUGGCAAGGAUGCGUUGCAGCAUCAUGAGAUUGUCACCGUUUGCCGUUACUUCUCGGCGGAACAGAUGCCGCCACCCAGCUGCGAUAGGAAUCAUGUGCGUGCCGCUGCCCAACUGGAACUGAAGCGUGCACUCUGGAACAGCGUGGAGGAGCUAGUGGAGCACUUGAGUCACAUUAAUCCAACGUGCAAGGCGUUCAUCAAAGAGUCACAAGUGCGAUCCACGCUGCGUGGCUGUCGACUGCCUUUCAGCCUGGAACUUGUGGAGGAUAUACUGCAGGUGUUGCAACGCAAUGCACAGGGAGAGAUUGAGGUACGCGAUGUGCUGGGCUUCUUCAACAUGAGUGCGGAUCAGGUGCCGGAUAUAGCGCCGCUUAACAUCGCCUUCGAGCUGUGCCCCAAAUUGCCGUUUCUGCACAAGGGUCGUCUGGUGGAUUUCAAUUGGUUCCUGCACUACCUGGGCCUCGAAGAGGAACUAGUGCGCGCCAAUCAUUGAUCCCAUAUCUAAUAGCUAAUAACAUUUGUCAACUAAUUUCAGUGUUAUCCGAUUAAUACAUCAAUAUAAAACACACGA